GCGGAAAUUUGAAGGGUUUCGUGAACAACUCUAUUAGAAAAAUACACUACCCCAUCGUGGUAUAUGACCAAGAAUUCCACAUUUCAGUCGGCUUCCCUAUGUACGAAAUUCUUAAUUGUAUAUUUUAUUCCUUCCUGUUCAUAUCCGGUCUAUAUUUCGCCGGUGGAAAGUUUCCAAGAGACCAUCCGGAAACAAUCAAGAGAAGAGUUGUCUCCGUGUUCGUGACAGGAACUAUUUCCAUGAUUCAUAUACUGACGUACAUACGUUCCUAUGAUCGUCCUCCGUUUCAGUUAUCUUCAUAUGAAUUUGGGAAACUGUUUAUUAGGCUGGAUGGCUUAUUAGAAGCAGUUAUUAUAUCUGUCAUACUUACUUUGGUCAUGUACUUUGGCGUUGUAUUGGAUGAUAUAUGUAGUGGAGAUAUGUUAGUCGUAUUUGAUGUUCAAUACUGGAAAGAUCGUAUAUUUAACUGGAUAAGUUUAAGAAAUUUUGUAAUAGCUCCUUUGGCUGAAGAACUCAUCUUCCGUGCAUGUGUUACAUUUCAUCUACUUCCUUUGUUCUCAUCAUGUGUUAUGCUUUGUUUCGUUAGUUCAUUAUUUUUCUCUUUAGCCCAUUUUCAUCAUGUUUUUGAAUCAGUGAAAAGUGGUCAAGAUCUGCAAUCUGCAUUUAAAACUUCACUUUUCCAAGUGUUUUACACAACUCUAUUUGGAACGUAUUCUGGAUUUUUGAUGCUAAGAACUGGUAAUAUUGCUUCAAGUAUUGUUACACACUCCUUGUGCAACUUCUUCGGCUUACCAGAUUUAAUAGGUGCCAUCGAAAGAGCUAAGUAUCGUUGGGGUGUCUCUGGUCAAAUUUUCGCUAUUGGAUCUCAUCUUUUGGGGUUACUUUUAUGGGCAUAUUUGUUAUAUCAAAUAACUGAAACAAAAUGGUCCUCAUCAAACAACUGUCAUUGUGAUUGGUAUUGAGAGUUUUCAUGCCCAUAUGAAUUAUUAUUUUUGGUGUUAAUAGAACUGUUAAAAUGUUUAGAUCUUCGUUUCAAUUAGACUGAAAAUUCUUAUCUGAUAUACAAAUAUUAAACAUUUCUAUAAUCCCGGUAAACAGCAAAUUUCAGUUCAUCGAAGGUACAAAAGUAGUAGGAAUUAAAACGGAUUUCACACGAAUUUCAAGGCUUCACCUCAUAUUCGGAAUUGUAAUUAGAUUUUGUGCUGUUAAGUAUGUACUUGUACGCCAUUAGUUUGUUUGUUUUUUUACAUUGUAAAUGUGUACCCUUCUAAAAUCAGUCAUAAUUAUC